CAGCAGCACGAGCGGACUGAGCGCGCCGGGACUGGCUCUGCAGCCCACAACUGCGGGCAGCGCGGUGGCCUCAGCAGCGGCACAGGCGGCAGCGCGAGCAGCGGCGCGUGUCGGUCGGCCAGCCAGCAGCUGCAGCCUCAGGAUGAAGGGCCCGGCAGCAGCCCCUGCUUCGUCGGAAGUGAUCCGCGAGGGCGAGCUGGAGAAGCGCAGCGACAGCCUGUUCCAGCUGUGGAAGAAGAAGCAGGUGGUGCUGAGCAAGGACAGUCUGAGCCUCUCGUCGCCCGAAGGUGGCGGCGGCGGCGGCAAGGGCCGCGCUAAGGAGCUGCGCUUCGGCUCCAUCCAGAAGGUGGACUGCGUGGAGCGCACCGGCAAAUACGUCUACUUCACCAUCGUCACGACGGACCGCAAGGAGAUCGACUUUCGGUGCCCGGGCGAGAGCUGCUGGAACGCCUCCAUCACGCUGGCGCUCAUCGACUUCCAGAACAAGCGCGCCAUCCAGGACUUUAAGAGCCGCCAGGAGGCCGCCGAGGAGGCGGCCGCCGGCACCCGCGACAGGCGCCUCGCCCGCGCCCCCUGAGCCCGCAGCCGGCCGCAGCCCGGCCCCACCGACCAAAGUAGUGUAUCUCUGGAUGGCAAACAAGAUUCAUGUUCUUGGAAUGUACCAGGAGAGGAUACCAAUGAAGGAAAACAAAGAAGGAUGUUCAAAGUAUCUGGUUUCUUCCAGGUCUGAUGAGGUAGCUGAGCAAAGAAGCCAAGCUUCCCUUGAGCAGCAUUUACAAGCCAAAGACUAUUACGAAAAAAGACUUAAUGCAAAGUAUGACUGUGCAGGAUGCCUAGCUUUGCAAAAUGUGUGAUUUUUCUAUUUAUAAGUUGCAAAGAAUGGGCAGUACCUGCUGAUGCGAGAACACUUUACAUUAUUUGUAAUAUCUAUAUUUGUAUUUAUUUUGAUAAAUAUCCUUAAGUACAUGUUUGUCUUAAAAUUGCUCCUGACAUUUUAAUGUGUCCAUUCCAAAUUAAAAGCUUUUUUAUUACUGUA